AUGUUUGUUGCUGGUCUUGGACACGCCGAUCCCCUGGAAGAGCCGGAGCCCGAGGCAGAAGAGGUCGCCUUCUCUUUAUUGGAAGGUCUCUCGCCUAACAAGCUAGGGUUUGUUAUUGGAUACGACGGCGCGGUAUUAGGCCGUGUAACGGAAGGGGACUUGAACAGGGUUGCCGGUAGAGCCAUCGAUCAGGAAGGUCAGCUGCUCGGGUAUAAUGGCGAGGUUAUUGGACCGGUUGAGCUGGUCCCAGAAGAGGAGCGUGAGGUGCCACCUCCUUUUAGCGGCCUUGGUGAUCUGACUGUCAGACAAGAUGGCCUUGUUGAGACCGAGGAAGGCGUUGUUGUUGGCAGGCUCAUUGACGGAGACCCUAAUGAAUUCCGAGGUAAAGCUGUGGAUGAUGAUGGAGAUAUCAUGGAUAAGCGUGGCAACGUGAUAGGACGCGCCGAGCCAUACACACCUUCCGAACAUUCCGAAGAACCAGAAGAAGACCUGUCCCAACUUGAUGGGAUGACAGUAAACAAGUUUGGGAACAUCGUCGACGAAACUGGCGCUGUAUUUGGGCGGCUUGCUUCAGGAAAUCCCAAGAAGCUGAAUGGUAAGAAGGUGGACGGCGAAGGUCGAAUCUGGAGUGAUGAUGGGAAAGUGCUAGGCAAUGCUGAACUGAUCCCUGCUAAAGAGCGAGAGCAACUUGAAGGGGUAUUUUAUGGGGUCAAUUCCUUGACUACAACAAAGGAAGGAUAUGUGAUCACUCCAGAAAAGGAAGUGGUCGGUAGGCUAGUUGACGGGGAACCAACAAGACUCGUUGAUCGUGCGGUGGAUGAAGAUGGUGAAAUUGUGGACAAAGUGGGCAAUGUCAUCGGUCGCGCAGAGCGAUGGACCCCUGAAGAAAAGCAACGUGAUAUCAACCCGAUGACUGGCCGAAAGGUCAACCGAGAUGGCGAGGUCCGCGACGAAGAUGGUAACCUGUUAGGCAGGCUCACUAUGGGCAACCCCAAAGCCUUGAUAGGGAAGAGGGUAAAUGAUAGUGGCUUUAUCUUUGACGACGAUGGAAAUCAAAUUGGCGAGUGCACGCCGGAGGAGAGCCUACCAGACGCAGAGCCCAAGCCCGAAAUAUCACCCAUGGAGGCUGAGCAGCAGGCCAAAGAGCAACAUAACCGAGAAUUAGCGAGGAGGAUCUCGACCGUUAUACAGCAAACACUUGAUUCAGUGGAGCCGCUCUGCAAACAGAUCACAGAGCAUCUUGAACGAGCCGAUCGUACAUCACGUGAGGAGUUGGAUGAGGAGAAACUAGUCCAGGUUGUCAAACCUCUAAUUGAAGAGGUCGGAAACAUGCCACUGGAGUGUAAAAGCACUAUCAGGGCGCUCGAUCCCGAUGGGCCCAUCGCUGCGUCUGCAAAAGCCCACAGUGCUUCGCACGAGACGACACCUGAAGAAUAUCAGCUAGCAGAGCUUACGAAACAGCUCACCCAGAUUGUGACGACUACCAUUGACAAUGGCCUUGGCUUGCUUCUAAGUGGUGUUCUGGGUCUUGUUAAUAAUCUCCUGAGUGGACUUGGCCUUGGUGGACUUGUUCGUAGUCUUCUCAGUGGCCUUGGAAUCGAUAACCUGAUGAAUAGUCCCGGCCUGGACAAGCCGGGCACCGGACAGUGA